AGCAGGCAACUUGAGCGCUGGAUGUGUUGAAUAGAGGCUGCAAUAAACGGAGAGUUUGAUGUUUCCUCCACCAAUCUGGAAACUUGAGAGCACGAAGAUCUUCACAGGUUGUGUUAUAUCAGCAGCAUUUGAAGAAUGACAGUGCUGUGGUCAAAGGAACAAUAUUUUGAGUAAUUUUUGGCAAUUGCAUGUAGGCAACUACAUCAAAGGUUCCUUCAAUCAAUCAAACCAGGAACUUGGUCCUUGGUCAGAGGAGCUCACCUGCUCAGGUAAGAGUGCAUGUCAUGUAUUAGUUUAUUCUAAUAUAAUCUAAGAAUACUGUAAAUGUAAUGUAUGGUUUUAUCAAUAUUUGCAGAUACAUGUCUGAUUAUUAUAAUUCACCAUAACCAUUUAUGGUGUAUCUAUUCUUCUCUGACUUAUGUCAUUUGGGACAUUUUUAUUCAAUAUUACAUGAUUGUUGACAUAAUUUAACUGAAUCAAAGAUAGGCAGAUUUAUUUACAAAGAUCAAAGUUGUGAUAAAAAGUAUGUCGCUUGUAACAUGCGGACAGCAAUAAGCAUUGAUUUACUUUGCACCUUUCAUUUGUGUAUUGACAAGCAGACAUUGUUUUCAAAUAACAGAUAUCUGCAAUAAAAAGAUGUCAAAUUCGGUCAGGUUUUGUAUAUCUUAUCCCGCUCAUUCUAUUGUGUUCAUACAAACACGAAUUAUGGGGAUUUCUCAACUGUCGGUGAUUGAAAUAAGCUCACCUGGAUACCUUCCUUUUUUACGAGGAAACGUGUAUUUUAUUUUUUAGGCUAUAACCCUUUUACUACUUCAUGGUGAGAGGAUCUGUUAAUUCCCCUGGAUGCUACUGUAUCCAUCCAAGUCAGGAAAUCAAAUCCAAACCGAGAGAGUUCAAAUAUUUUAUCCAUAUCCCAAAUGAUGGACUUCCAAACGCCAUAAUUCCAAUGAAUGAAACAAUCACAUGCUGUAUGAGAAGCCUAGCCUACAGAUGGAUUUGCUAUUCACAAUAUCAAUGUUCUCUAACUUCUAACCAUUGUACUCUACCACAGGAGGUUGGUGGCUCCUUAAUUGGGGAGGGCGGGCUCGUGGUAAAGGCUGGAGCGGAAUGGUAUCAAAUACAUCAAACAAAUGGUUUCCAUGUGUUUGAUGCCAUUCCAUAUGCUCCGUUACGGCCAUUAUUAUGAGCCAUCCUCCCCUCAGCUGUACUCUACUAUGUACUCUACUGUACUCUACUAUGUUCCCCCAGGAUCUGAGUUGAGUCAGCGAUGGCAGGACGUUCAGGUAGCCCCCAUGAAGUUGUAAAGAUAGAGGAGCAGUCUGAUAGAGUCAUCUUCACCUACUUCCAGGGUGACAUCGGUAGCAUGGUGGACGAACACUUCACCCGUGCCCUCAGCAAGGCCAGCAACAACAAGGCCCCCAGCGGGAAGGGCAAAAAGAGCCGCAAGGCUGUCAAAUCUGGUGAGCAGACACCUGAUGCUGUGUUCGCCGAACAUCCUGAUGCUGUGUGCACCGAACAUCCUGAUGCUGUGUGCACCGAACAUCCUGAUGCUGUGUGCACCGAACAUCCGGAUGUUGUAUUCACCGAACAUCCUGAUGCUGUGUGCACCGAACAUCCUGAUGCUGUGUGCACCGAACAUCCGGAUGUUGUAUUCACCGAACAUCCUGAUGCUGUGUGCACCGAACAUCCUGAUGCUGUGUGCACCAAACAUCCUGAUGCUGUGUGCACUGAACAAGAAAACAGGUGUUCACUGACGUGAAAUGUACACAAUUAAACAACAUUCUAGAUACUUUUUCUCAAUCUGUUUCAGAGUCUGACUCAACGUCUUGUCAGUGGGGUGUCUCAACCCCAUCCUGGUCCGAAGGCCACUCUGCCCCUGUCUCUGGUUCCCUCCAGCUGAGCAGCACCAAGGAGUCCAGCUCCAGCCACCCCCUGGCCCUCGACUCCCCAGAAGAGAGCACCAGCCCCUGGGCCUUCACCUCCAGGCAACAUGGUGGUCUGGGCCUGCCCGCCAUGGCCUUUCCCCAUGCCAUGUCCCCUGAGGGCCUGGGGGUCACUGGACAGCAUUACACCAACUCCCUGCUGAAUCUCCUCCACAGUGACCGGUCAGAGGUGGCUGCAGGCAUGGCCUCAGGCUCCAAACCAGAGCUCUUCCCUAGCUGGACGGGUCACCCUGGCUUCAGAGACCCCAUGGACCCUGACUCAGGUAUGGCUGCCUCAACACAGAUCCCUUAUCACUAUUCAUGUGUAAGGAGAGGGAGACUUCUCUCUUACACAUAGAUUUGAUAAUGAACUGUAGCCUAUAUCACUGUCAGAGAAAUCUACAAUCCAAAAUCCAUUGGAUGUUGUGAAGAUUAGGGAGGUUUCACAGCACCUGUGCUUCAGUGCUUUUUCUCAACUUCAUAUCAUUUGAUGGUUUGGUUGGUUUUCAAAAGGUCUGUUUUGAGUUAUUCAACACCUAUUCUUGCCUCUUUCAGGAAUAGUUCUGGAGAAAAAGGACCUGUAUUGGUAUUAAAUGAAGCGUCACUGCGCAGGGAAGAGAGAGAAGAGUCUUCAACAUAUGCAUGCUGUGUUCACCCCUCUGGUUAUUAGACAAUUUCCUGCCUAACAGGCCUCCUCCACAGCCACUCUCAGAAGGAUAUCAGUUCCUUGAAAUGCAACAGCUGGAACGGCCUCUCAGAAACAAAACACUUUCUGACUAACCUGUUUUGCAAACCAGAUCAUAAUUCACUUCAAGGACCGGUGGGUGGG